AACCAUUAAAAGUGCAAAAAUAUAGUGAUUUUUUCAUAGUCACUUGGUUAGCUCCCUCUCACUCAUACACUCACUCUAAGGCUAUCUCCACUACACUUUUCCCAGUUGUAUCCAUUUUCAGGAUCAAAUCAAUGCGGGAGCACGUGGUUUUAUCUGUUGUUGAUCCUCUUCUUGCAGCAUCUUUGCAACCUGAGCACGGUGGCGAUCAAGAAAAAGAUCUUACCCUAAUGGUGGAGUGUCGCAUUUGCCAGGAAGAUGACACUAUUCAAAAUUUGGACAUACCCUGUGGAUGCAAUGGAACCUUGAAGUUUGCUCAUAGGGAAUGUGUUCAGCAAUGGUGCUACGAGAAGGGUGAUACAAUUUGCGAAAUCUGCCAUCAGCCAUUCAAACCUGGCUAUUCUGCGACAACAACUGUUUACCAUCCUGGAGAUACUUCAAUUGAUAUCAGUGAUGACUGGGAAAGCUCUAGUAUUCCUUUAGAUUUGCACAAUUCUCGACUUUUGGCUAUUGCAGCUGUAGAGCACCAAGUUCCAGAGAUUCGUGAAGGUUAUGCCAAUGCUGCUGGCACUAGUGGAAUUACAUUGUGGCACUCGGUUGGUCUAAUUUUAAUGGCUCUUUUACUUCUGAAGAAUGUUGCUCCCCUCUUCAAUGCUGAUGUGGAGAAAGUUUUAACGUAUUUUUAUUUUUUCUUUCUUCGUACGGCUGCUGUUGUCCUUCCUUGGUAUCUUAUGGCCUGGAUAAUUCGCGUAAUACAGCAUCAAAGGCAAAGACAACAAGCACCUGAAGAACUUGCAUUUAUGCUACAAGCAGACGAACAAGGUUAGCAGUUUGCAAUAUCACCAGGAUCUAUUUUUCACUGAUUAAUUCCCGUAAGUGCUGUGGAAUACCAUCCCUAAUACAAGGACCUUACAAAUUGUGGUUGGAUCAGUAGUGCAACAGAAUAAGAUCUGACGGCUCUGUUUCUGGUUCUCCAUUUGUAUCUUUCUCGGGUUAUAAUACCCCACCUCCCUCCUUUUCUCACUCUUUCUUCUGUAAAUAGGUAUAUUAUACAUAAUCUCAUCAGCCCAAAUACAGCUGCUAAUUGGGAAAUUGGUGUUAUCUGGAAA